AUGGGAGAGAGCAGCCCGCAGACGCUUGAUCAAGGUGUAGAGCACCCAUCCGUUGGCAAUGCACAAUAUUAUAAGGAAUACAGCGCUGACAGAGGUCCCGAUGAUGUUUCCUACUCUAGUAAAACCAUCGAAGCGCUCUCUGAGGGCGCCACUGGUGGCAGCAACAACGAUGCAGGUGAUGAUGACAAUUGUACUGUGGCCCAGACUGAAGAAGGUGCCGACAGUUGCCGGUCUCUGCCCACUGGCGAUCAGCCUUCUGGUGGUGAGGUCGAUGGCCGCGAUGUGGUCAGCGUCAAGCGCAUGCCACGGGGCGAGACGUGGGUAGAAGUGGAGGAUGACUCCAGCAAUCGCCCAGACAAGGACAUUGACCAAAAUGAGGCAAGCGAUGAUGUUGAUCGAGUUGGCGGGGAGACCCUUGAGAAAGGCCGGACGCGAGAGAGCAAAGCGAGCCAUGGCUGGUUUUAUGGUGCUUCCGGGGUCUCUGAGGGGGAAGGCUUCCUUUGA